UAAUUUAAUCGUAGACAUUGAAUGGCCGUGAAUGGCCGCCAGUUCGUGCACCCUUUUAUUUUUCCAUAAAAAUAAGUUUUACUUCGUUCAUCGGUUUGUGUUCGAGGUGUAAACUAACUGAUUUUAUUUGGACUGCUGAUUGAAUAACACAGUUGGCAAAAAGAAAUAGAAGGAAAAAAAUCGACAACGAGCACGGACGACAUAAUGUUUCGUGCUGAGAGGAACAACGGCGACGAGGACGCAGUGAUGAGUCUCGUAGGUGCUGAUGAACGAGUCGCUAUUCUCGAUGCAGGUGCACAAUAUGGAAAAGUCAUAGAUCGCAAAGUACGUGAACUCAAUGUUCACAGUGAAAUUCUACCUCUGGACACUCCUGCAUUCACACUUAAGGAAAAAGGCUACAAAGCCAUCAUCAUUUCCGGUGGACCUAGUUCAGUGUAUGCUGAAGAUGCACCUCGGUAUGAUGCAGAUAUUUUUCGAAUAGGAAUUCCGGUCUUGGGAAUUUGUUACGGUAUGCAAAUGAUGAAUAAAGAAUUUGGUGGCACUGUAAUUAGAAAGGAAGGCCGAGAGGAUGGGCAAUUUUCUAUUGAAGUUGACUCCAAGUGCCUUCUUUUUAAGACCUUGUCAAAAGAUCAGUUAGUACUUCUAACCCACGGAGACAGUAUUGAUAGGGUAGCGGAGAGUUUUCGCAUAACUGCCAAAUCGUCAAACUUCAUUGCUGGCAUAGCAAGCGAUAAAAUGAAUUUGUACGGUGUACAAUUUCAUCCCGAAGUCGAUCUCACAACUAAUGGCAAAGUGAUGCUGCAUAAUUUUCUAUUUGACGUCGCUGGAUUGACAGGGAAUUUUACAUUGCGAGGCAGAGAGACAGAAUGCAUUCAGUACAUACGGGAGACAGUUGGCAAUAAUAAAGUUUUGCUACUGGUGAGUGGAGGCGUGGACUCGACAGUGUGUGCUUCACUGUUACGUAAAGCUCUGAAUGAAAAGCAAGUGAUUGCUCUUCACAUCAAUAAUGGUUUUAUGCGGAAAAAUGAGACACCACUCGUUAGAACGAGUUUAGCUCAAAUUGGCAUUAAACUGAAGGUUGUGAAUGCCGCGCACAACUUUAUGCAAGGCUCAACGACAGUGCCCUCUGAAAAUGUUCCAGUAAUGGCCAAUACUAACGUGACAAAUAAUAAAGGAAUCACUGCCACUGGAAUUGGACCACCAUUUAGAAUGACAAAAAUGCUCUGCCAAACAACGAAUCCCGAGGAGAAGCGUAAAAUUAUAGGCGAUGUUUUUGUAAGAAUAGCUAAUGACGUUAUGGCGGAAAUGGGUCUGAAGCCGGAGGAAGUUUUCCUCGGCCAGGGAACACUUAGGCCUGAUCUUAUUGAAAGUGCCAGUGCACUAGCCAGUGGUAAAGCUGACGCGAUAAAAACGCAUCACAAUGAUAGUGAAUUAGUGAGAGCGUUAAGAACACAAGGCCGAGUAGUUGAACCUUUAAAAGAUUUCCACAAAGACGAAGUAAGGGAAUUGGGGCUUAAAUUAGGAUUACCAGGAUUGUUGGUGUCCCGUCAUCCUUUCCCUGGUCCUGGACUUGCCAUUCGAAUUCUAUGCGCUGACGAACCCUUUAUGGAUAAAGACUUCUCUGAGACGCAGGUAAUAGUUAAAAUAAUGGCAGAAUAUGAACAAAUGCUUCAAAAGAAACAUGCUCUCUUAAAUCGUGUUGAGGGAGCAACUAGUGAAACCGAACGACAGCAUUUACGAAGAGUUUCGAGUAGUCGUCAUAUUGCUGCCACACUUUUGCCUAUUCGUAGUGUGGGAGUUCAGGGUGAUAGACGUAGUUAUAGUUACGUAGUGGGACUUUCGACCGAAGAAAGUAGUGGCGAAACGAUUGAAUGGGACGAUAUGUUGUUCCUCGCCAAGUUGAUUCCACGAGUGUGUCACAAUGUGAAUCGUGUCUGUUACAUUUUUGGACCGAUGGUUCACCAUCCAAUCACCGAUAUUACACCGACACAUCUCACGUCAAAUGUCAUUGGCACAUUGAGGCAGGCGGAUCAUUUAGCUAAUCAGGUUCUAGCGUCAAAUGGCUGCAUGCAGGAAAUAAGUCAAAUGCCAAUUGUCCUUAUUCCUGUUCACUUCGACAGAGACGCGGCCAUAAGAGCGCCCUCCUGUCAACGAUCCGUUGUUCUCAGGCCUUUCUUGUCUCAGGACUUCAUGACAGGCACUCCAGGAAUACCUGGCAAAGAGCUACCCGUACAUGUGGUGAAGAAAAUGGUGUCUGAAAUAUCCUCGGUACCAGGCAUUUCCCGCGUGCUGUACGAUUUGACGUCUAAACCACCAGGUACCACCGAAUGGGAGUAGUGAACAUUAAAAAUUCAUGCCCGA